AUGACUAACAUAUACGAGAAGAGGCUCGUCAUCAAAUCGUCUGAGCUGGGCAAGGCUGGAACUCUUCUCUUGGCCUUCAAGCCUCUUGAUAAUACUGGCAUCAGGCAAAAGAUAGUUGUGUGGAAGAUCAUCCCAUUCUCAAAAGCUCCCAACAAUGUUGCCAAAGUGAAAUACGUGAGCCAGCUCGCGUUCAUCGCUCCUCAGAUCGACGAUGACAAUAUAAUUACACCUUCUACGUCCCAUACUGUCGACGUUGGAGGAGCGGUUAUCUAUGACAUUGACUCGGAUAAAAAUAUAAUCAUCAAAGAUACCGAAGAAAACAAGGAGGAAGGCUCUAUCGCCGCAACGAACAACACUGGAAAGCUACGAGAUAUUGCCCUUGGCCUUCAGAUCGACGCAAAGGCUGAUCCCGAGCCUAUUUUGCAUUUUCCCAACAUUGCACACCACGGAGCAGUUGUGGCCAAGUUUCGCCCAGUACUGCGUGCCUAUAUGACCUCUGACUAUCGAGAGCACGAAGUCAUUUCGGGCGAGGUGCAAACCAAUAUGAUCUGGGAGAGGGAUCUUACUCAGUUGGAUAUGAAUCUUGAUGGUGAAUUCUUCCGCUCAUGUCUCGAAGUUGGUCGCGGAAGACGGGUGGCAUCCCCCGAUAUCCCAAAGGACGUGCCAGAGGAGAUCACCGACGAGUCACCCGGAGCAUGGAGAGACUUCUUUGGUUUUCCAUCGCUUCCCAUCUCAAUACAUCGCACGGGCCCAGAAUGGCCGAUAAAUCCUCCCCCGAAAGCAUAUCGCAUUCCGAGACAGGUUUUACCUGUCUGCAAACAUCCCAUUCAAGCGGUUUGGCUUACGCUAGGUGAAAAAAUCUACAAGCUGCUUGAUUCUCUCGGAGUGCGGUGGACGACGAUCGAUCCGGGCCGCUUUACCGACGCUGAGAAGAGAUGGGAGGCGGACUCUCUCUACAUCUGGAUAGGCGUUCUACCUAGGUCACUCUCUGUCGAGCUUGCCAAGAUCGCAGCCGUCAGUUGCAAAGACAUCCUCGCCGCCGCAAACUUCUCCGACAUUGAAAUCUCAUUCCGGGAGUCGUUCUUUACACUCUCUGCCCCUCCAACGCUCCUCAAUCACACCGAGAGAUGGUUCGACCCCACGGCUGAUUUGCGUAGCCCCUUCACAGGCGUCCUAGGCAUUGCGAUCGCUCAUAAAAAGGCAGCUCCGGUAGAGGGUAUGGGGACGCUGUACAUUUGCGAGGGCGGUGAAUGCAACCGAGUUUCCCUGUUGACCGCCCGCCAUGUCGCUCUACCUUCGAGUAUGCACCGCAAUGACCUCUAUAUCUUCGAUAGGAUCAAAUCUAGCCUCCUUCGUCCUCGUAUUCGUCACCAAGUACUUAUUCUCGGUCCACAAGCGUACUCCAAUGCUAUCAGGGACAUGGUUGGCAAAAUUGGAUCCGAGGUUUCCAAUCUCGAGCGCUACAAGCGUCUCCUCAGUCAACUAGGUGAAGCACCUGCAGACGAGAAUGUCAGCACGGUAUCGAAGAGCCGUAGGACCUAUAAGGAAAGGUUGGAUAAAGCGGAGAGGACACUUGUCGGUGUAGACGCGCUUCAUAGCGAGAUCACCAAGAAUUGGACGGUGGUGGAACAGCGCGUGCUGGGCCACGUUGUCUAUGCUCCCCCUAUUUCAGUCGCCACUGACCCCAAGCAGUUCACCGAAGACUGGGCAUUGGUCGAGCGUGACUGCGUAAAGAUCGAUUGGGAUGAUUUCAAGGGUAAUGCCCUGUAUAUCGAUACGUUCUUCGAGGAUAUUUACCAAAGGAAAAAGUUUCCGUCGCAGAGUUUCUUCAGCAACUACAUCCAAAUCCCGAGGAUCGUAACAUCUCUCCAUAUAUUCAUGACGAGCUUCUUCACCUUGAUGGCAUCUACCGGGGUCACCACUGGCCGCGGGAGCAGGCUCGAGUCGGCUACUCGAGAGUACGAUGAACACGGGGGGAUCAAGUCGACAUCGAUAGCAAUCGCCAUACACCCCUAUAGCCAAAAGCUUGGGGCGUUUUCCGCUCCUGGUGACUCCGGCUCUGUUGUCGUUGAUGGUCACGGACGUAUCCUUGGUAUGCUCAUCGGUGGCGCGGGCAUGGCAGGCGACAUGGACGUCUCGUACGUUACGCCGUAUUUCUGGCUCGAGGAUCGAAUCAAAAAGAUCUUUCCCGACUCCUACCUCUACCCUGCUACGGAGGAGAGUGACCUCUAG